UUAUUUGAUCUGAACCACACAUGUUUGAUGAUGAGUGUUUUGUCUGGUUGCUUUUUUGAUGCUCUUCGCAUUUCAAGAAACUGUUUAUUGUUACUUUUAGGGGUUUUCUGAGCAGAAUAUCUAAUUGGGUUUGCUCUGUUACUGAAAUUCCUGAAUUUGAUCUUCUGGGUUUCGUCGAAAGUGAGUUUUGAGCUCUCAAUCUGAAAUUGAGCUCCAUAUUUGAAGUUUUGGGUCUGCUUCUGGCUCUGUAUUUUUUUGUUGAAACUAUGGCAUCUACUGAUGUUUGAAGUGACAGUGGAUUCAAGCGUUGAUUUCUCAAUCAAACCAAGGUUGAUGGAAAAACUGCCGAGUUUUCGUGGUGGGGCAAUGGAGAAGCAGAAGAGUUUUCGUGGUGGGGUAAUGGAGAAGCAGAAGAGUUUUCGUGGGUUGAUGGAAAAACUGCCGAGUUUUCGUGGUGGGGUAAUGGAGAAGCAGAAGAGUUUUCGUGGUGGGGUAAUGGAGAAGCAGAAGAGUUUUCGUGGGUUGAUGGAGAAACAGAAGAGCUUUCGGAUAGCCAUGGAGAGACAGCUCAGUUUUGGUGGGGAGAGGAAGAGGGGCAAAGAUUCACCAGGAAAACGGGGCGACUCUCCCCUUCAUUUGGCUGCGAGAGCAGGGAACGCGAGUAAGGUAAGAGAUAUUUUUCAGAGGUUUGAUGCUAAUGUUGUUAAAGAAUUGUUAUCAAAGCAGAACCAGGAGGGAGAGACUGCUUUGUAUGUUACCGCAGAAAAUGGGCAUGCCCAUGUUGUCACUGAAUUUUUGAAACAUUUAGACCUCCAAACCGCAUCUAUUGCUGCCAAGAAUGGCUAUGAUCCAUUUCAUAUUGCAGCUAAGCAGGGUCAUCUUGAGGUAUUAAAGGAACUUUUGCAUUCUUUCCCCAAUCUGGUCAUGACCACUGAUCCGUCCAAUUCAACAGCCUUACACACCGCUGCAGCUCAAGGACAUAUCGAUAUAGUCAAUCUGCUUCUAGAAGCUGACUCAAACCUUGCCAAGAUUGCCCGAAACAACGGCAAGACUGUGCUACAUACUGCAGCAAGGAUGGGCUACCUAGAAGUGGUGAAAUCUAUUCUAAGCAAGGAUUCGAGUAUUGGUUUUAGAACUGAUAAGAAGGGCCAAACUGCAUUGCACAUGGCUGUGAAAGGGCAGAGUGUGGAGAUUGUGCUCGAAUUAAGUAAACCUGACCCGUCAGUUUUGAACUUGGAGGAUAACAAGGGAAACACGGCACUGCAUGUUGCAAUAAGCAAAGGCAAAGUUGAGAUAGCUCGUUGUCUACUAUCAAUUGAGGGGGUUAACAUCCAUGCAAUAAACAAAGCUGGACAUACCCCUCUUGACAUCGCAGAAAAGUUUGGAACUCCAGAACUUGUCACCAUUUUAAGAGAAUCUAAGGCCACCAAUGCUAGAGAUCAUGGAAAACCCCCAAAUGCAGCGAAGCAACUCAAGCAGACCGUGAGCGACAUAAAACACGAUGUGCAGUCCCAACUCCAACAGACACGUCAAACUGGUGUCAAGGUCCGGAGGAUUGCAAAGAAGCUAAAGAAGCUCCACAUCAGUGGCCUCAACAAUGCCAUUAACUCAGCUACUGUUGUUGCUGUCCUCAUUGCCACUGUCGCUUUUGCGGCCAUUUUUACUGUACCUGGCCAAUUUGUUGAGGAACCUACAGAUGGGUCUUCACUUGGGCAAGCCCAUGUGGCGGAAAAACCAGCUUUCAUAAUUUUCUUUGUGUCUGAUAGUGCGGCGUUAUUCAUCUCCCUUGCUGUUGUUUUAGUCCAGACUUCUUUGGUUGUGAUUGAACAUGAGGCAAAGAAGCAACUUGUGUUUGUGAUUAACAAGCUCAUGUGGCUGGCUUGUCUUUGCAUUUCGAUCGCCUUUGUUUCUCUCAGCUAUGUCGUGGUGGGAUCAAAAGAAAGGUGGCUUGCUGUCUCUGUAACGCUAAUUGGUAGUGUAAUCAUGGUCACUACAAUUGGCUCGAUGUGCUUCUGUGUGGUUCGCCAGAGGAUAAAAGAGUCAAGGUCAAGGAACAUAAGUAGAACUGAAACCCUGUCCCGAUCAUUCUCCCUGUCUAGGGCAGCAUCUGAUUCCGAGAUAUUGAAUGAAAAGUAUAAGAGUUUGUAUGCAGUUUAAGAGUAAAUGAAAGUUGGGGAACAGAAAAGAAGAUUGAACGGCCUUCGGUUUUUCUAUCUAUAUCUCACAAUGACUAGUUUCUCUUCUGCUGCAUCUCAGAAGUGUGGAUAUUGGUGAUUACCUUGCAAGGUGUUCUUCGCCUUUCAAAUAUGUCCUGUUGUUCUAAUCUUGUGAGGACAUAAGAUUAGAGGUCACGUUUAGUUCAUUGUUUACAACUACUUAUGAUGAGUUUUGGUUAUCAGACAAGAAGGUGCCUAUCAUUGAUGUGUUCGAAACUACGAAUCUGCAUGUAAGUCUACAUAAUCCAAUUCUACUUGCAAAUGUUGUAAUGACGGUUGAUGUUUAUAAUGCAGGUAACAAAGGCCUUUCUCUUCUUUUUUU